AUGAACUCUGAAUUAGCCCGCAAACCGCCUCCUCCCCAUAUCCCCGCCAAUGUCACAGGCGGCAGUGGAAAGGCACCCGGCGUGACAACGGUCAUCGCCGGCCUCGGGCUCUUUUGGUACGCACAACAGUGGAUGUUCCGCAAGAAGCGGGAGAUAAUGGGACCGGUGUCAAUCCCUACGUGGGAGUAUCGCAUGAGGCAGCAGCCGAGCCCGAUGUCCUACCAGCGGAUGUCUGGCUCCAAUUUUGGUAAGAGCUCAGACCAGACGCGGGUUUAA